AGGAGGGUGGUCCAAGCUCUCCCUAGAAAGACCUCCAGAGAGGACUUGGCAGGUCUGAACAUGCAUUGGCUGCGAAAAAUUCAGGGACUUUGCACCCUGUGGGGUACUCAGAUGUCUAGCCGCACUCUCUACAUUAAUACUAGGCAACUGGUGUCCGUGCCGUGGGGCCACCAGGAAGUGCCAGCCAAGUUUAACUUUGCUAGUGAUGUGUUGGAUCACUGGGCUGACAUGGAGAAGGCUGGCAAGCGACCCCCAACCCCAGCCCUGUGGUGGGUGAAUGGGAAGGGGAAGGAAUUGAUAUGGAAUUUCAGAGAAUUGAAUGAAAUCAGCCAGCAGGCAGCCAACGUCCUCUCGGGAGCCUGUGGCUUGCAGCGUGGGGACCGUGUGGCAGUGGUGCUGCCCCGAGUGCCUGAGUGGUGGCUGGUGAUCCUGGGCUGCAUUCGAGCAGGUCUCGUCUUUAUGCCUGGAACCAUCCAGAUGAAAUCCACCGACAUACUGUAUAGGUUGCAGACGUCUAAGGCCAAGGCUAUCGUUGCUGGGGAUGAAGUCAUCCAAGAAGUGGACACAGUGGCAUCUAAAUGCCCUUCUCUGAGAAUUAAGUUACUGGUGUCUGAGAAAAGCUCGGAUGGGUGGCUGAACUUCAAGAAACUAUUAAACGAGGCAUCCACCACUCAUCGAUGCGUGGAGACUGGAAGCCAUGAAACAGUUGCCAUCUACUUCACUAGUGGGACCAGUGGUCUUCCCAAGAUGGCAGAACAUUCCCACUCAAGCCUGGGCCUCAAGGCCAAGAUAGAUGCUGGUUGGACAGGCCUGCAAGGCUCUGAUGUAAUGUGGACCAUAUCAGACACAGGUUGGAUACUGAACAUUAUAACCUCACUUUUGGAAACUUGGGCAUUAGGAGCAUGCACAUUUGUUCAUCUCUUGCCAACGUUUGACCCACUGAUUAUUCUAAAGACGCUCUCCAGCUACCCAAUCAAGAACAUGAUUGGUGCCCCCCUUGUUUACCGGAUGUUGCUACAGCAGGAUCUUUCCAGUUACAAGUUCCCCCAUCUACAGAACUGCCUCACUGGAGGGGAGUCCCUUCUUCCAGAAACUCUGGAGAACUGGAGGGCCCAGACUGGACUGGACAUCCGAGAAUUCUAUGGCCAGACAGAAACGGGAUUAACUUGCGUAGUUUCCAAGACGAUGAAAAUCAAACCAGGAUACAUGGGAAUAGCUGCUCGCCAUUAUGAUGUACAGGUCAUAGAUGAUAAGGGCAACGUUCUGCCCCCUGGCACAGAAGGAGACAUUGGCGUCAGGGUCAAACCCAUCAAGCCUAUAGGCAUUUUCUCUGGCUAUGUGGACAAUGCUGAGAAGACAGCAGCCAACAUUCGAGGGGACUUUUGGCUCCUUGGAGACCGGGGAAUCAAAGAUGAAGAUGGGUAUUUCCAGUUUAUGGGACGGGCAGAUGAUAUCAUUAACUCCAGCGGGUACCGGAUUGGACCCUCAGAGGUAGAGAACGCGCUGAUGGAGCACCCUGCUGUGGUUGAGACGGCUGUGAUCAGCAGCCCAGACCCCGUCCGAGGAGAGGUGGUGAAAGCAUUUGUGGUCCUGGCCUCACAGUUCCUGUCCCAUGACCCAGAACAGCUCACCAAGGAGCUGCAGCAGCAUGUGAAGUCAGUGACAGCCCCGUACAAGUACCCAAGAAAGAUAGAGUUUGUCUUGAACCUGCCCAAGACUUCCACAGGGAAAAUUCAACGAACCAAGCUUCGAGACAAGGAGUGGAAGAUGUCUGGGAAAGCCCGUGCGCAGUGAUACGUGUAGGAGGCAUUCAUUUGGAUUCCCCUCUUCUUUCUCUUUCUUUUCCCUUUGGACC